AAACAAACAAACAAACAAACGUUAUUUACUUUCUCGACGGGAGGAACGGGUUGUCCCAAUUAGCUCCCGUACAAUACUCAACCUCGAUACAGGUUGUUUUCAGGCAGAUCCACGGACACCUGUGCCAUCAACUUCCCGACGGCCCGGGGUCCUUGUAGCUGCUCAGCCGAGUUGCUAGCAAACGCGUCACGUCCGACGUCGCUAGCGGAACGGAAAAGACUCUUUGGGGACAAUCGACGGACACAAUAAUGCAAACAAAUGGAUGAGCUGACCUGGGCGAAGUUUGGCGUCUUCUCCCGCUCAUUGGCGAGCCUCCGCUGAGACGCCCACGGCACGGCGCGCCGCCCCCGCCCGGCGUCCGGCAUGUAUUGCCUGCAGUGGCUGCUGCCGGUGCUGCUGAUCCCCAAGCCGCUCAACCCGGCGCUGUGGUUCAACCACUCCAUGUUUAUGGGCUUCUACCUGCUCAGCUUCCUGCUGGAGAGGAAGCCGUGCACCAUCUGUGCCUUGGUCUUCCUCGCCGCGCUUUUCCUCAUCUGCUACAGCUGCUGGGGGAACUGCUUCCUGUACCACUGCCAGGACGCCGGCCUGCCGCACGCCGCCCAACACGCGGGCAUCGUGGGCGCCUAGGGGCCCGCCGCCGAGGACGACGACGGACGGACGGACGGGGAUGCUUGAAAAGGGAUACGGCGCGGCGGCGGCGGGCCUUUUGUUUCCUGCCGAUCUUCGACACGGCGGGCAAUCGAGCCGGGCGAGCGUUCCUCGCCCUCUGACUUGACGUGCACUCAUUUUCGUGUUCCUCCAUGUGCUGAGCAGUAUUUUCAAAAGAAGCAAAAUAUACGCACAUGCAGGGUGGACGCCAACAUGAAUUUUUUUCAUUUCAUGUUGCUUCACAAACUUUGGGGCUUUUAAGUGGAAUAAAAGGUUUUGUUUUUCCUCCAAA